CCCUAGUGAUGGUGGCGGCCUCGUCAGCCUGGCAGGAAGAGGAUGUUUGUUUCUUGGGAAGGAAUCAUAUCGACUGAUCAUCAAGCCUUGUAAUUGACUGAAGCGCCGUGUUAGUUUCCGUUCAAAGCCUGCCAGAACCAAGACAGCCGAUCUUCCGCGUCCGGAGCCAGCCUGUGUGAGCCUGACGCAGGGAGCAGGACAAGAUGUCCCUGUUUCAGUCGGCACUUGAUUUCCUAGCCGGGCCCGGCUCGUCCGGAGCGGCCAGCCGGGACCAGACCGACUUCGUUGGACAACUCGUUGAACUCGGUGACAUGAAACUGAGGAUCAAACGGGUGAUCGCAGAAGGUGGAUUUGCCUUUGUGUAUGAAGCCCAGGAUAUCGGCAGUGGCAAAGACUACGCCCUCAAGAGGCUUCUGUCCAACGAGGAAGAGAAAAACAAGGACAUCAUUCAGGAAGUCUGCUUCAUGAAAAAGCUGUCGGGUCAUCCCAAUGUGGUCCAGUUCUUCUCCGCUGCCUCCAUCAGCAAGGAGGAGUCAGACACUGGACAGGCCGAGUUCCUCAUCCUCACUGAGCUGUGUAAAGGUCAGCUGGUAGAAUUUAUCAAGCGAGUGGAGCAGAGGGCUCCUAUGUCAUGCGACACAGUGCUGAAGAUCUUCUACCAGUCAUGCCGUGCCGUGCAGCACAUGCACAAACAGAAGCCUCCGAUCACACACAGAGACCUCAAGAUUGAGAACCUGUUGAUUAGUAACCAGGGCACCAUCAAGCUGUGUGACUUUGGCAGCUCCACCACGCUGGCACAUUACCCCGACUACAGCUGGUCUGCACAGAAGAGGUCCAUGGUGGAGGAUGAGAUCACAAGGAACACCACUCCAGCCUACCGGACACCUGAGAUGAUCGAUCUUUACUCCAACUUCCCCAUCAACGAGAAACAGGACAUCUGGGCCCUGGGGUGCAUCCUCUACCUGUUGUGUUUUAAGCAGCACCCGUUUGAGGAGGGCGCCAAGCUGCAAAUAGUCAACGGCAAAUACUCCAUCCCUCAGAAUGACACCAAGUACACUGUGUACCAUGACCUCAUACGUUCGAUGUUGAAGGUGAACCCAGAGGAGCGUCUGUCCAUAACAGAGUUGGUCAACCAGCUCCAGGAAAUAGCAGCAGCACGCAAUGUCAACCCCAAGUCGCCCAUUACAGAGCUGCUGGAGCAGAAUGGAGGCUUCGGUAACAAUGGAGCGCAGCCGCCCAACCAGAUCCAAAACCUUCACAACAAUGCUGGUGUUUAUGAUCCUGAUCAAUCAGGCAGCGGCUUUCUAGACAUUUUGAAAGGUGGGACAGAACGCUUCCUGACCAACAUAAAGGACACUUCCUCUAAGGUCAUCCAGUCAGUAGCUAGCAGCCCAAGCUAUGCCAAAGGGGACCUGGAUAUUUCAUACAUCACCUCCAGAAUAGCAGUCAUGUCAUUCCCAGCAGAGGGGGUCGAGUCAGCGAUAAAGAACAACAUUGAGGACGUUCGCCUGUUCCUAGACUCACGUCACGCCGGCCACUAUGCUGUUUACAACCUCUCCAAACGAUCCUACAGGCCUUCACGAUUCCACAACAGGGUUUCCGAGUGUAACUGGCAGGCGCGUCGUGCCCCGAACCUCCGCAGUCUCUACAGUGUGUGUAAGAACAUGCACCUGUGGCUCAAACAGGACCAGAGGAACAUCUGUAUAGUCCACUGUCUGGAUGGCAGGGCAGCAUCGGCUGUGGCGGUGUGUUCAUUCCUGUGUUUCUGUCGUCUGUUCACCACGGCUGAAGCUGCCGUCUACAUGUUCUCCAUGAAGCGCUGCCCACCUGGCAUAGCUCCCUCACACAAGAGGUAUAUAGAAUAUAUGUGCGACAUGAUGGCCGAGGAGCCCAUCAUCCCCCACUGCAAGCCCAUAGUGAUCCGCUCCAUUGUCAUGACGCCUGUGCCGCUCUUCAACAAGCAACGCAACGGGUGUAGGCCGUUCUGCGAAGUGUAUGUUGGAGACGAGAGGGUCCUCACCACGUCGCAGGAGUACGACAAGAUGAAGGAUUUUAAGAUGGAGGACGGGAGAGCAGAGAUUCCCCUCAAUGUGACAGUCCAAGGAGAUGUGCUGGUGGUGAUCUACCACGCUAGAUCUACUCUGGGAGGACGCCUGCAGGCCAAGAUGGCAUCCAUGAAGAUGUUUCAGAUCCAGUUCCACACAGGCUUCGUCCCCAGAAAUGCCACCACCGUCAAGUUUGCCAAGUAUGAUCUGGAUGCCUGUGACAUCCAGGAGAAGUACCCGGACCUGUUCCAAGUCAACCUGGACAUUGAGGUAGAACCCAGGGAUCGACCCAGCUCCAAGACCCCUCCAUGGGACGGCUUCCACACCAAGGGACUCAACCCCAAAAUCCUUUUCUCCUCUCGGGAUGAGCAGCAGGAGAUCCUCAGCAAGUUUGGUAAGCCAGAGCUUCCCCGCCAGCCAGGUUCCUCGGCAUUUUACGACUCCGAGUCGGCCCAGCCGGCUCAGACUCCUGAGGACUGCAGUGUGACUGAAGAGUCUCCUGUCAGCGCUGAAACCAACUCCAACAACUUUUUCCAGACCCUGGACUGGGACGAUGGAAGUGGCCACCAGGACGCCUCAGACAGUCAGGGAGGCGGGACCCUGAAUGACCAAGACGACCUGAGCGACCAAUCAGACGGGGAGUCCUAUUCUUACUCUGCUCCCGGUGGGGAGCCGCUGUCACGCGACCCCAGCGAGCCGCUGUUUGAUGCUGACUUCCAGACUCCCCCUCCUGCCCAGGAAGCCCCUGCCAGUGACACAGCGGACCUCUUAGGGUUGAACUCUGACCCUGGACCUCAUCCUGCAUCCUCCUCCUCCGCCUCUGCUCCUCAUGACGGAGUCCAGGCAGGCCUGAAAGCUUCUUCCAGCAACAGUGACCUCCUUAAUGACUUGUUUGCUCCCCCUGCUGGUCACACUGGUGCAGUGCAGGAGGAUUUGUUCUUCAGUGGGACACCUAGUGGGACAGCACCAGCUGCAAAAACCAUGGCUGACCCGUUUGAUCCGUUUGGGAUGGGCUCCAGCUCCAGCACUGGCUCUGGGUUGGGUUCAUCACGGCAGGCCUCGGGACCUGACCUGUUUGAGGAUUUGUUGGGCUCUGAUACUUCUGGUACCAGCGGGUUCAGUUCAGCACACAGUAACCCUCCACCUGUGUCCAACACCAGCCUCUUCAACCUCAAUAAGCGAUUGAAUGACCCUCCUAAGAUGACGUCAUCAGCCAGCCAGCCUGACCUGCUGGGGGGUUGGGACAGCUGGGCAGCCAGCACCACUGCUGGCAUGAGCACCACCACCAACAAAUCCAAUUACACCAACACAGCUCCUGGAGUGUCAUCCAUGUCAAAGGCCAAGUCUCAAACCUUUGAUCCUUUUGCUGACUUAGGAAACCUGGGGUCCAAUUUACCAGCUUCCUCCAGCACUAGUUUUUCUGGCCCUGCUUUCAGCUCCAAGGCUCCUACCUCCUCUGCUAAACCUCAAGGCCAGUCCUGGCAGCCUGGAAGACCCAGCUCAGCCCAGAACAAACCCUGGAUGCCUGGUGCGGGAUCUGGAUCGGCACCUAAAAUGCCGUCAUCCUCCCAGCCUGCUUCAGGCUCACAGCCCUCAAAACCGAACUACAACCUCAGCUUCUCCAGCGUCAUCGGAGGAAGAGAGGAGAGGGGAGUCCGUGCACCUGGAUUCGGCCCCAAGCCCAAGGUGAAGGAGGAUGAUUUUGAAGACCUGCUGUCAACUCAGGGAUUUGCCUCUAAGCCUGAUAAGAAAGGACCGAGGACCAUUGCAGAAAUGAGGCGACAGGAGAUCUCUAAAGAAAUGGAUCCCCUCAAAUUACAGAUCUUGGACUGGAUCGAGGGGAAGGAGCGUAACAUCCGAGCACUGCUGUCAACUCUUCACACUGUGCUGUGGGAAGGUGAAACACGCUGGAAACCGGUGGGCAUGGCUGACCUGGUCACACCAGACCAGGUGAAGAAGUACUACAGGAAGGCCGUGCUGGUCGUCCACCCAGAUAAGGCAACAGGCCAGCCUUAUGAACAGUACGCUAAGAUGAUCUUCAUGGAACUGAACGAUGCCUGGUCAGAGUUCGAGAACCAAGGAUCCAAAGCACUCUUCUAAAACCCUGGUGUGGGUCAGAUUGGACAGGACUGAGCCCACAUUGGGCCUUAGGGGACGCAGUGCCUCUGAGAGGUGUCCUCUCUACCAUUCCCUUCACCCCCACCCCCCCUUCCCUCUUUACUCGUUUCUUCAUUCUUUCCUUCUACAAUCGAGGGAAGAGACAUUUUGCCUCUCGCCUGGCUGCAGUGAAAAUUUCCUCGCGGGCCCAUGAACAGUCAGUUCAAACCAUCAUGACCGUCUGAAAACUCACUGCCUACCUUCACGACUGCCUGUGUGGUGCUGCGAUUGACAUCGGGAGGGAUAGAUGGAGGGAUGACAGACAAUCACAGAACGUGGAAUGAAAUCAGAUGUUACAAGGACUUUGAAAAGAAGCAAGCUGAUUAUUCUGAGGAUAGUAUACAGAUGGAAAGAUUAUAACCAUACACCUGCCACCAACCAAAUGCUGGUAACUUUUGGCUGUGGCUGUUAGGUUUGCCUACUUUACUAGCCACUUUCGCGGGUGAUAAAUCAUUUAGUUGCCUCAAAAAACACAACUGAAAGUGUCGGCUGAACCUUGGAACGUACCAACCACAGCAGCCUGUAGACACAAGUUCCUUUCCUGCCCCUAAUGCAGUAGCAGGGUUAAAAUCUCCCUAAACUUUUGGGACAAGGAGGUGCUUGGGGUGCUGAUGAUGACAUUUGAUGUUACUUUGAAGUGCCACUGUUGCACCUUUAGGGGGCACACAUGGGUUGGGUUGCACUUAAGCUAUUUCCUCUCCAGAAAGACAGACAGGCCUGCCAGUCGGCCGAAUGCCUGCUGAACACACUACUACUAGUAGUGCUACUACUACUGUUAAUACUACACACUCCUUCAACAUUAAAACCUACAACCUGAGCUGCUAACCUCUGAAGAAGGUGAUGCGCUUGUUUUGAACCCCCAAAUUGUCCCUAGUGGAUAGGAGCUCUUUGUUGAAAUGUUUCUUUUAGCCGAAAUGUUGAUGAUUCCACCAACUCAGGCUACACUACGUAGCAACCACCCACCCCCCACCCCCAUCACCUAACUUCUGAGCAACCUUCAGGGUAUGUGCUUCAGUUCUACAUUGGGGCAGUCACAGUCAGGUGGGGCUCUUAUUUUGAAGUGCUCUUUCCUUGUAGCAGAAACGGUGAGGGAUCCUCCUGCUCGGGCUACGCUUAGUGGCAAACUAAAUCCCAUAGCAGGGCUCACGCUGGUCAUCGCUUUGAUUGACAGGCAUUUUACGCAUCGCAGUCAUCAUCUCAUCCUCUAACAAACCCCUCCUUUUGCCGCAGUAAGCCCCGCCCACCGCCAGCACCCAGCUCUGUGGGCAGUUUUUUUUUUUUUUUUUUU